UGAGCUCUGGCUGGACAGCCUCUGUGUAUAUGCAGGCUUCUCUCUUUCCAACAUACAUUAUAAUUGUCAACAUCUCCCUAUUUGUCUCUUGCUAUCUGCAGGUAGAGUGCCAUAGUGGAUGCAGACAGAUGGUCGCUGUUGGGAGGAAGCUGGCUUGCCUGGAUUUGACACACCAGUCUGACAGCGAGCAUCAUCCAGCUGGGUGGAGGCCUACACUGCCUCCUAGAAAGAACAUGCCAGGUGGCCAAGAAACAGGCUGCUGGUCCCCCGAAGCCACCACCACACACAUAACCCUCGAGUCACUAUUCUGCUAUUUCACCACCAAACACAACACAGGGCUGUUCCCCACAAAAGACAUACACACAAAUCAAGACCGCAAGCCAGAAGCAGAGGAAACCGGAAAGGAAAGGACACGAUGCAAAUGGCUGAUUAUGAAAAGAGUCCCUUUCCCUGCACUCCAUUUGUGCCCAUGUGCAUUUGCCUGUUUUGUGAGUGUGGCUUUGGCCAUCCAUGCCUUUGUAUGGCAGCACUUCAAAGGCAGCCUUCAACGUGAUGCAGAUGAUUAUACAAACACAAGCCCACAUUGGCUGCAGCGCCAGUACCAGUCUUUCAUGGUGAGCAGGGGCAGCUUUCCAGACCUCAGGCCAGCUGGAGGGCCCCUGGCCUGGGCAGAACUCUGUCUCCGUGGGCCCCCUGCCUGCCAGACUCUGCUCCAUGGAGGUGCAUCGUGCUACAGCCAAUCAUCAAGUCAGAACCGCUUCUGGAGUGCAGAGCCAAGCCACAAUAAGGGGAAAACACAUUUCACUAACACUGCUGCAAUCAUCUGGCCUGGUACCAGAUGUCCCCAUGUCCUUUACGUCUGUCUUUAGAUAUUCAUCAGAGGAGAAGACUCACAGAAACUCCCUACAUCACUACAUGUCCACAGAUUUGGACAUUAACCGAUUUGUACACUUCAUCUUGA